AUGAAUAUCGCACCAUUCUUGUUCUUCUUUCAACUUUUGCGGUUGAUCCCAAAUCUAUCAUUCUUCAAUAGCGCGAAAGUAUCUCGCUUUAAAGUUCGCUCGUUGCCAGAUAGCCCUGCUUUGCCGGCGAACUGGGCUGGACGGUUACCAGUGCCUGGAAGGAAGGAUGGGAACGAGAUCUUCUUUUGGCUAUUUGAAGCGGAGAACAAAGCCUACGAUGAUACAUUAAUCGUUUGGUUCAACGGCGGACCAGGUUGCUCAUCCCUCGUCGGCCUAACGGGCGGCAACGGACCCAUUUCCUUCGUCGAUAACUCGACCUCACUCGAGCGCAAUCCCUACUCCUGGACCCAGCUAGGCCAUGUUCUAUACGUGGACCAGCCUGUUGGGACAGGUUUCUCGACCGCCAGCAAUCCCUACCCUGUGCGUGAUAACGACGUGGUGACAGCAGACUUUGUGGCAUGGCUGGAUAGCUUUUUCACAUACUUCCCGCAUCUGAAGUCCAAGAAAAUUCAUCUCAUGGGAGAGUCCUACGCAGGUAUCUACAUACCUUACUUCACCGCCGCCUUGAUGGAGAGCAAUACCUUGCAUUCACUUGACAUCCGCUCCAUGUCACUCGGUGACGGGUCUUGGGGGAAUGCAGCGGCAAUGUCCUCCGUUGCCAUAGGGGCAUACAUGCGGUCGCAGGCGACUGCGCUCAAAUUGCCAAAAGACAUUGUCGCAGCAUUUGAAGCCGCAGAUCAGGUCUGCGGCUUCGAUGGCGUGCUCGCUCAGGCACAGCUCUACCCGCCGAAAGGCCAUAUCAAUAUUCCCGGGAACCCGGAGAAUCUGAAUUAUCGGCGACGCAAGCGAAAUAUGACGGAUGUUCUCAACGCUUCGUGCAGCAUAUCGCCAAAGACGGCAUCAGAGGUGAAUACCUCCAUCUUCAAUUCGGCAUGCUACGGUCCCUGUGCCAUAUAUUCCACUGCGAUGGACUUUGUCGAUACUGCUUCCGCCGCCGGCACGGGAAUCCCCUGCUUCGACGUCUACGACAUCCGUCACGACUGCAGCACGAUCAACAGCCUAGCCCUGCUGACUGAAUACUUCAGCCGUGCCGAUGUCCAGGAUGCGCUACACGUUAGCGAUCGUGGGACCUACAGUGCUUGUAACUCAACUAUCCUGGGCAUCCUGCUUGGUGCGCCAUCGGUAGUUCCACCGGCGUACACUAUUCUGCCAACUCUGGUUACAGAGCACAAUAUCUCACUGCACAUCUACAACGGAGAGUGGGAUAUGUUGCUCAAUCAUAUCGGGACCGAGCUGUCAAUCCAGAAUAUGACAUGGCGCGGGGCGCAAGGAUUUUCGGCGAGUCCACAGCAAUUGUUUUAUGCCGACGUUGCCAUACCUGUUGACAGCCUGGAUUGGAGGAAUGCGACGACUAAGGUGGCUGGACAUUGGGCAGAGGAGCGAGGUGUCUCGUAUCAUCUAUUCCAGGGAGCAGGACAUAGUGUAUUUGCUAACAAGCCGCGCGAGAUGUUUGCAUAUGUACGCGAUGUGGUGGUUGGACGGGAAAAGGAUUGA